UUAGUGCUAUGGUAUUUUAGUCGUUUCGUGUUAUUUAAAGGAAAGAGUUUAACUCUCUUAAAAUGCAUCUACUUUUUAUUCUUUGCCUUAUUUGUUUCAUAUUUGGUUCUGUUUCGCCUCUAAAAGAUCCAAUCUGCGAUGAUGAGGUAUAUGGCAUCGGGUCGUGUAAUGCUUUAAUUGAGCGAAUAAGUUAUAGAAUUCGUGGAAAUUCGUGUGGAUCGAGAACCUUUGCAGGCUGUGAAACAGUAGGAACUUUUUUCAAAAGCAUAAAAGAAUGCGAAGAUAAAUGCAAAAUGUAAUACUAUUGGUAAUUAAAAUAUUCCCUUUAUUAAACAUGUCUACAAAUUUUGGUAUAAAAUACCUUGACACGAAAUAAAAUAUAAAGGAAAACUUUUCAUGUUACAAUUGAA